AUGGACGCAAUACAUAUUCAAACUCAUACAGAAAAUGGUAUUCAAGAAGAAAUUUAUUUGAACUCCUAUCAUAUGAAACCAAAAGAAGGACAAAAAUUUGUAAAAAAAGAUGUCGAAGACAAACUCAAUGAAUUUUUAAGGACAGAAUUGGAAAACGAAGAGUAUGAGGCCAAUCACUCAGUGGUUCGAUCCAAAGAACUGAGUACCAAGAUUUUAGAUCUGUUAAAGAAAUGUGGAUACCCAAGAUAUAAAUUCAUUGUCCAAGUAGUGAUCACGAGUACUUCCGGGCAAGGUAUUCGAGUUGCUUCAAGAUUUCUGUGGGAUCCUUCAACUGACAACUAUGCAUCAGCUUCCUUCAAAAAUAGCUCCUUAACUUGUGUGGCCAUGGUUUUUGGUUUAUUCUAUGAAUAA